GAUAAACAGUGGAGAAAACCCUCUCACUCCAAAGAGAGAAGAAAAAACAAGCUACAAUGACUAAGAAGAAAGAGAAAGCGAGAGAGAGUGAGAGCGAUGAAGACGACAUGUUCUUCUACCGUUACUGUGGUUCAUCUUCAUCAAACGCAACCCAAACCCAACACCAACACAAAAUCAACGACACCAAAAACACCACCACCACCACCAACAACAACGGAUCAGGACCGUUGGCGCCGUCAAAAUCAACGGUCUACGUAUCGAACCUCGAUUACUCCCUAACAAACUCCGACAUCCACACACUCUUCUCAACGUUCGGCCGCAUCGCCCGCGUAACGGUUCUCAAGGACCGCCACACGCGCCUCAGCCGGGGCGUGGCGUUCGUCCAGUUCGUGUCGCGCGACGACGCACGAAGUGCCGCCGCCCAAAUGCACCGCAAAAUCCUCAACGGCCGGACGCUAACGGCUUCGAUAGCAGCCGACAACGGCCGCGCCCCCGAGUUCAUCCGGAAGCGCGUUUACCGGGACGACGGCCGUUGCUUCGAGUGCGGGGACAGUGGCCACCUGUCCUAUGACUGCCCUAGGAAUCUGUUAGGCCCGCGGGAGCGUCCCCCGCCUCCGAAAUGCGGCGGCAGGAGAGGGUUCGGGUUGUGCCGAGGUAAGGAGGAUGAGGAGGAGGAUGACAAGGAGGACGAUGGAUCGGACGGCGGCGGCAGGGACAGGUUUGAGGAUGAUAAUUGGGCUUCGGUUGUGGAUAAUGGGGCUGAUGAGAGGCUGUUGGGGAUGAAUGAAAAUGUUGUGGCCAAUAAGAAGAAGAAGAAGGAGAAGAAAGCUGGGUACUUUAGUGAUGAGAGUGAUGAUGAUGAUGAUUGAUUGGUGAUUUCUUUUUGUAAAGAAAGGGGCACAACAAAAUUGUUAAAAUUUGGGCAAGAUUUGAUGCAAAUGAUAGAUUCACGUCUGGUUAUUGUACUAUGUCUGGAGAAAUCUGGAAACAUGGAGAAGCAAGCAAUAAUCAGUUGUAUCUUGCAGUAGAUUAAACUCUAGCAGUGACACAUGGCAUUUUGAGAGAAUGUAGUUUAAAAGAUUACUCAAUGAGUUGAAGAUCACAAGCGAGGGGUAGUAUAAUUAUUCUGUGAUAGGCUAUACUCCGUGUUGAAAAGAAUCUUGUUUACCAUUACAUGAUCAAACAUACAGUUCAUUGGGGACAAGAUCGAAGAUGGAGUUAUUAACAUGAUUUAUACUCUU